AUGGGCGAAACCCACGUGACACAGAUCCAGGAAAUUACUCGAGGAGUUGGGGCGUCUCUUCUCUUUAUAUUCUCUACAAACUGUAUCUGGUUGUUUACAGUAUUUUAUCGCCAGCUGACUUGAAAAAGAUUUUCAAGUUAAAAUGUGCAACGGCUGUGUGCAAAAAGAAUACCCAGACCGGGGGAACACUUGUUUGGAGAAUGGCUCUUACCUGAUGAACUACCUGGGCUGUGCCAACUGCCAUCAGAGGGACUUUGUGCUGAUCAGCAAUAAAGCCACAGAGGAUGACGAUGGAGAGGAGAUCGUAACAUUUGACCAUGUUUGCAAAAAUUGUGACCAUGUCAUCGCCAGGCACGAAUACACUUUUUCUGUUGUUGAUGAAUACCAGGAGUACACUAUGCUCUGCAUGCUGUGUGGAAAGGCAGAGGACUCCAUCAGUGUGUUACCAGAUGACCCCAGACAGUCUGCGCCUCUCUUCUAGACCUUACACCUGCAGGUCAUGAUUCACUUUUUAGAUAGCGUCACCACCACGGACGUGUUGCUGGCUGCUGGUGUCUGGAUUCCAAUCCUUUUUUAUCAUGCAUUCAAAAAAUUGUAUGCACGUCUUCAAUUAAGUACACCGCAUUUUAAGUCUUUGGCUGUUUAUAAACUACUGUAUGCGGCUAUCAGUUGAGCAGGACAUAUAACUUAGUAUUAUCCUUCAUGACAACAACAAAUAUUCUGUAUUUGAAUUUACGAUGUACUGUAAAUAAAUAUUUUUACAUUUUA